UUUUCAUCUGCUUCCACAUGUAAAAUCAGACAAUUCAGAUACCCUCAAAACACCACGAACCGCUUCAAUUCCAUGGAAAAGUCUUCGUAAUGAUCUCUCCGAGUCGAGGCCUCGUUAUGAGAGCCUGUCGCAUCCAGUGCCGUUUCGCGAGCUCUACUCCUCGACCUCCCCGCCCUAAUAUCAAAACACCAACAUCUCGCCCUCCACCCAAGAUCUCAAAAACUUACAAACCAAAGCCUCAGCGUUCUCCCUCAAAUUCGUCGACCUCUGCAACCCCUGCACAAGCCGAAACCCUCCGCGAUCUCUGGGCAUCGACAUGGCUCCCUCUGACCGGCGCAGCUCUUCUCGCCGGUGCCCUUGGCUUCUACAUCUUCGGCACAGCUGCCGCAUCAUUCAAAGCGACGCCCUGCAGUUGCACCGGCGAACACUCCACACCGACCGGUCGACCACCGGCUCUUGAUGGCGACAAUGCAGAGCAGUUCGACAAGGAGCUGGCUCUUCCUGAGUGGUGGAUGGGUAUCACGAAGCUACGAAAGCGCAUAGCGGAGCGCGCGAACGGGCAUGUUUUGGAGUUGGCAAUGGGCACAGGGCGAAACUUGGAGUACUUCAACUGGGAGCCAUUGACCCUGCGUGCGGAGGGCAAGGCUGGUGCCAAGCUACCAAAGGGCGUAGUAUCGUUUACUGGUCUCGACAUUUCGGUUGAUAUGAUGGAUGUUGCUCGAAAGCGACUCGUCAAGACUGUUCCGCCCAUGGAGAACUCUGCUCCCAUCGUCCGCGCAUCUACCAUGGCCGAUCACACCGGAGGCCAACUCUCGUAUCUCGAUUCCCAGCUCCGAUUAAUUCAUUCCGACGCUCACCACCCAAUUCCCGGUCCCGCGACUCCCGCGACGACGAAAUACGAUACAGUUAUACAGACGUUCGGUUUAUGUUCAGUUUCAGACCCCGUCGCUGUAGUCAAUAAUUUGGCGAAGGUUGUAAAGCCAGGAUCAGGCCGUAUCAUUCUGCUCGAACACGGCAAGGGUUGGUACGGUAUUGUCAAUGGACUUCUCGAUAAGAAUGCCGGCAAACAUUUUGAAAAAUAUGGAUGUUGGUGGAAUCGCGACAUCGAGGGCCUAGUCGAAGAGGCUGUCGCUAAAACACCAGGCCUUGAAAUCGUCAAGGUCGAGCGACCGAAUAUAAUGCAAAUGGGCACAUUGGUUUGGGUUGAGUUGAAGGUCAACGACAAAGCCUCAUGACGUCUCAAGGCAUCACAUAAUGCAAAUGAUUGAUAUGAAAGGAAUGAGAUGGGUUGUAGAAUAUAGGGUGAUGUACAAUAUUCAAAAAGUCGAAGCACUAUGAGCGGCAUUGCAUUUUUAGAAUCCCAGCUUCCGCAUCCUUUUUAACGCCAGAUAAUCAAAACCAUGGGAUGCCAUGAUUCCCUUUUCCAGGUAUCCCAGUCCCGGUCCAAACCCAAUCAAACCAAAACACCAAACUUGUCUAAAUAUACAGGUACUUCCACAGGCGCCCCUCCAUGCAAUUAGUAUGUAAGUAUGUCGUAUAUCCGUCGUCGCAGACAUAACGGAAUCAAAUCAUCUCAAUCGUCUCUCCCUGACCCCUUGCGCCUGCCCAAAGAAGUCGCAAUUGCUCAACACGUAUCGAGUAAGCAAUCAAGCUCAUCAAUUUCGAUGCUCUCAGCGCCGCGGUCCCAUUCCAUAAGCUUGCUAAACUUUAGCCAGCUCUCACCAUCGUCCUCUUUUCGCAAACCGGAUGCCAUGUUUGACAUGGAGCUAGGCUUUACCGCGGGGCUGGUAAGGAGGGCAUUUGAGGUGAAGAUGCGAUGGUCGCCGAACCAGAAGUCGUCGCGGUACCCAUACUCUGAAGUGUGGGUGGUGCGAUCGGCGGACUCAGCAACAGGGGUGACCUCGGCGAACUUGCGUUUCUGCAAGAAGUCGGCCGUUUGUGUAAACUCCCGCUCAUCUUUUUCCAGAGGCGGUGAGUUGUGACGGCUGUUGCGGCGGUUUGGCACGUAACGGUGAUGAGAGGGAAGAGAGCCGAUGGGGGUAAGAGGCAUAAUAACAUCAUCGUCACCUUCCUCGAAUCCAUGGUCAGAAAGGUCAACCUCAGGCGAUGGGCUGAGCUCCCGCCGGCGAGCAUCGUCAUCGGAGCCGGAAUCAUCCGUCAGAGACACCGAAGGAGUUUCGAGGGCGGCAUGAGCAGACACUGUGGAGUUGGGUUCGGGAAUGGGCUGACGAGGGCAGGUGGUGAGGAAAUAAUAGGUCCUUCGAGGGUGGACGCUCUCAAGUUCCUUGGCGAGAGGGCAUAGUUUUGUGUCACUCCAGCAUUGUCGCUUAGCAUAUGAGGCCAGCCUUGAAGAGAUGAUUGCGCAAGGGUUGGCAGAACUGGGAUUGGAAUGUUAGCGCACGGGAGCUGAGGGGUUGGAGGGGAUAGCAGAUGGCUCAAACUUACUGUUGAACAGAGGUAAGACGUUGUGCCAGAACGGUAGCAAGCUCCUUGACGAGGUGAGGACGGUUUCCAGUUGACUGUAAUUGAACAAUAACUGCCUCGACAAUGUCGUCGUUGAUUGUCUCGAAGUCAAUGGCGGGCUGAUUUGUAUCAAGGUCGAGGCUUGAGCCUGGUGUAGGUGAAGGAGGAGGUGUCUGCUCAAUGGCAAUGUCGUCGGAAUGCGAUCGCUUCUGUCGCUUAUUGGGAUGCGCUUCGGGGGCCUCGGAGCCAGACGAGGGCGGUGACAAGGCCGAUGAAGCAGCACUGGAUGAAGACGAAGAAGACGAUCUCGAAGCGUUCUUGGAAGCAGCAGCAGCAGCUCGAGCAGCAUGUGUCAUUGGGACAUGAAUCCCAAGACUGGGUAAAGAAAGCGACUUUCGGCGCGUGUUGUAAGGCAUGGCGAUUGUGUUGAAGCGAGACGAGGGACAAUAUUGGAGAAUAGUCGAGCUGUCUACAAGAUGAUGGACUGUCGGCUUGGGAGAAAGGUCAAGGUCACCAGGACUUCGCUGAGCAAUUGUACGUAGUAACCUCAAGUGUUGAAACAGAUCCAAGAGAUCUAUAAGGGUCUACUGUAUUGAUUGAUCUAGCGAGGGCACGGCAACAGACGGUGAUGCAGUUUAUGUGCACAGGCAGCAAGGCAAGGUAUGGAAGAUGAUGAAGGAGGAGGGAGAGAUAGAUAGUCGAAGGGGGUGGGAGUGUUUGGUUUGUUAUUGACGAGUGGGUUUAGAUUUAGACUGGAGAGUUGAAGCCGAGGGUGGAGGCGGUCUACGGAUGUUGACGACACAGACAGAGCAGGAAGGAGCAAAGACGACGCAGGCAAGAGCAAGGGAGCAACGAUGGCAACCGCGAGGAAGGGGAUUAGAUGGGGGGCAAAGGUGGGCGAAGAGGGACUGCAAGUGGUGCUGGGGAAGGCAGAAACGGGGAGCUAGCUCAGAAGGGACUUUUCAAUGAUUCAAUUCUUGUAAGCUGAUAGGUCCGGAGACAAGAUGCUUGUCUCCAUCGACUGACUUCACUUACAAAAGAAGGAGCGAUUAUCCUUAGGAUGACGGGAAAGAAUGGCGCUUGGUGCUGGGUCUGCCACACUUUUUUUUUU